ACCCUUGAAGUUUUACGUGUGAAGUGUUCGCUCUGAUUCUAUGCGCACAUAUGGAAUAGUGUAUUCAAUCGAAGUUUUUGUAUCAGAUUUUUUUUCUUUUUAAUUUGUUUUUGCUGUUAUCCAAUUCAUAGUUACUUCGAUUUUAUCCAAUUCAUAAUGAAUUUUGGUUUGGUUUGGUUAGGUUAGGUUAGGUUAUACAGAAUGUCGAUUCUUAAAUUCUUCCGCACUUUAACUUAGGGAUGAUGCUUUGGCAGACUGAUUGAGAAGAGAAUUUAUUUUUUUAGUUUACGUAGAAACGAAGAACUGUUAGAAGGUGAUGGAUCUCAAGGCGUUCAAGUUAGACAUUGAUGAGCUCAUCAUUCAGUUUGCUGAGUUUGAUUCGACUGCUUUUGGUGAAUUCAAGAGAGUGUGGCUAUCGAGGAAGUUCUCGUAUAUUUUUGAGGCCAGCCCUUCCACUAACCAAGGUUUUUUUAUGCAGUCAUUGUAUGCGCAUUCCAUUGGAUACAUGGUUUCAGCCGGUUCUCUCUCAAGUAGAUUGGGUGGGCUGUAUUGUUUGUACUGUCUGUACGAAACUCAAUCCUUCAAGCCACCUUUCAAAAUAUAUUUGUCUCUCGGAGAGCUGAGACAGCUUAAGAAGCUUGCAAUUGAUGCAAAGACAACGGGUGUGAAAGUAGUUUCUGCUUUACUGAAGACUAUGCUUGAAAAGAACAUGUUUCUUUUUGGUUGUGUGGGUGUAAACGAAGGCUCUGCAACUGAGAGAGUAAACGAACUCACAGAUAUACAGAAUGCGCGAAUCCAAACAGCAUAUAAUAAGUUGUUUGCUAAUUCUCGGUUGGAGCACUUCAUCCACAUGGACAUGGGUGUGGAGCUUGGUGUUGAUUUGGUCAAAAAAAUGUCAUCUGAUUAUGCAGCUGCCAAAGAGCUCGCCAUCAAAGAUGCGGGACAAGUUAUAGACGUCGAAAAUAUAAAGCAUAUAGCAGAAAAUAGGAGACUGAUUGGAGAUACGAUGGAGAAGACUGCUGCGGAUUGGAAUUCACAGAAGGAAUUGUUCUACGAACAAACGGGAUUUAGCCAUCUUCGUGGUGUUGCACCUCCAAACCAGGAACCGAACGAUUCUGAGCAACCGCAAACUGAGGAAUCUGAAGAGCAUGAAAACGAUGACAUCUUUGGUAAGGAAUUAGAAUCUUUGCUAUUUUAACGAUAGAGCAAUUUGAUUGAUUAGAAGCUGCCUAUCUUCGGGAAGAAGAUGCAUAGUUUAAAACCUUAGUUGUGAGAACACUUAUUAAAUUCACAUAUCUGCUGUUUGUUUGUUUCUUGCUAGGAAUUCUUUUUCCCCUUUCAACCGAGCUUUUACAUAGAUAUCAUAAUUGUCAUAGGGAAUUUCUUUUUGUUAAAUUGCAAUUUGCCCCCUUGACUAUAGGGCCAUGUCAUGAGUAGCCCUGCUAAAGUGCUAACACCACCAACUAUGUAUUUUAGCCCCUAAUAUUAAGGGUCCGCAAGUAAUUAGAAAAGUAGUCCAGAUUAUAGUUA